UGUACAUAUGGAAAAACAUCAUGAUACCCAAAGGACUGCGAUGGGCCAAUGUGGCAUUCUACCAAUUGCCGAAGACAACGCAAGAUUUUUAUUACUCGCCCUGGUAUUGGUCAUUUAUAUGGUUAUUGGUGCCACCGUAUUCCAAUACUUGGAGAGUGAUUUGGAAAUACGUCAAGCACAUGCAUUCUGGGAUCAAUAUUUACAAUUUUGUUCGCAUUAUAUUGAAAUACAUAAUCGGGAUGAUGUAGUAGACAUGUUAUCAGUUGCAUCUUCAUCAUCUACAUUAUCAGCAACUGAUAAUGUUGAUGAACAAUUAAUAAAAAAUAAACGAUUACAUAGUCUAUUAUAUGCAUAUGGAAAUGCAACUGCAACUGGGAUAAUACAUAAACGCCGUCGUUGGGAUUUUGCUGGAAGUUUUCAUUUUGUUGGAACUAUUGUAUCAACCAUUGGUUAUGGAAAUACAGCACCACAAACCACAAUGGGCAAAGCUGUUGUGAUCGUUUACGGUUUUUUAGGUUGUUCUGGUGGCAUUUUAUUCUUUAACUUAUUCCUCGAACGUAUCAUUACAUUCCUUGCAUGGAUUUUACGAACAAUACAUUUACGACGUGUGAAAAAACAUGACGACGAUGUUGGGCUAGAACAUUGGAAACCAAGUGUAUAUUGGGUAAUGUUAUCGUUAACAAUUGCUUCAUGUGUAGUGGCAACAUGUGCUGCAGCCGUGUACUCACCGUUUGAAAAAUGGAGUUAUUUUGAAGCAAUCUACUUCUGCUUUGUGUCGUUUGCAACUAUUGGAUUUGGUGAUUAUGUGUCCACUGAUGAUAUUUCAUACCCAAAUUUAUACAUUUAUCGUGUUGUGAAUUUUAUGUUUCUGGUGAUCGGAUGCUGUUGUAUAUAUUCCUUGCUAAAUGUCACCUCAAUAGUUAUAAAACAAUUUUUAAACUGGAUGAUUAUUCGUUUACAGUGCCGAUGUUUUAAUGAUCCAACAAGUGCAGCUGGACGCAUAUGGCGAAGACAUUCUUUCCAACAUUCCCGGCGUAGACGAAGACGUCGAUCAAGCGCUGCUUUACCAUCAGCCAUAAAACGUUCCCGACGUGCUAAAAUUAUUGCAGCCUUAAAACAUGCCAACGAAAACCAAGAAAAAACUUCACCACAAAAUGAUUCUGAUUCUUGUGGUGGCUAUGAUUCCGAAGAAGCUGAACGUAAUCGAAAAAUGUCUGGGGAAUUAAUUUCAAUGAAAGAUUUUCUCCAAGCGAAUAAAGUAUCAUUAGCUGUAAUGCAAAAACAAUUGUAUGAAACUGCACAGAUGCAACGUGGUGGAGAUAUUUAUCAACAGUAUAAUGGUCCAAGUAGACGUUAUCCUGAAGCAGAAUUUCGACCUGGGCUUGUUGGUCCAUUAGCUAUUGUAAGUGAAAAAUUAGGUGAUAAAAAUACACGAUAA